GCAAAAGUGCAGAUGUUGGACAACUUGCUUGAUAUUGAGGUUGCUUACAGCCUUCUCAGAGGUGGAAAUGAAGAUGGAGAUAAAGACCCAAUUGACAUAAACUAUGAAAAACUUCGAACUGAUAUUAAGGUUGUUGACAAAGAUUCAGAAGAAGCCAAGAUUAUUAAACAAUAUGUGAAAAAUACUCAUGCUGCUACUCACAAUGCAUAUGAUCUCAAAGUCGUGGAUAUCUUCAGGAUUGAGCGCGAAGGAGAGAGUCAGCGUUACAAGCCAUUCAAGCAGCUCCAUAAUCGCCAGCUGCUGUGGCACGGUUCCCGCACCACAAACUUCGCUGGUAUUCUCUCGCAGGGUCUCCGGAUAGCUCCCCCUGAAGCUCCUGUGACUGGCUACAUGUUUGGGAAAGGCAUCUAUUUUGCAGACAUGGUAUCCAAGAGUGCCAACUACUGUCACACGUCUCAGGCUGAUCCCAUCGGCUUAAUACUACUGGGAGAGGUUGCCCUUGGAAAUAUGUAUGAGCUAAAGAAUGCUUCUCACAUAACAAAGUUGCCCAAGGGAAAACACAGUGUGAAAGGCUUGGGCAAAACUGCACCUGAUCCCACAGCCACUACCACCCUUGGUGGUGUAGAGGUUCCCUUAGGGAAUGGGAUCUCCACAGGAAUUAAUGAUACCUGUCUUCUGUAUAACGAGUAUAUUGUGUAUGAUGUUGCUCAGGUAAAUCUGAAGUACCUGCUGAAACUGAAAUUCAACUAUAAGACAUCACUCUGGUGAACAGUAUUUAGAAGCCCUGUUAGAGUUGUACUGUAGUUACACUAUAGCGUUGACUUCUGACAUGCUUACGCAUUGACUUCUUUUACCAAGGUAUCACGAACUAAACUGCAGAAGAGGUUACUAAAUCCUAUUUAGUACAACAGUUAGUGAAAGUUUUAUCUAAAUUUGUAGCAACACAUGGACCUAAAUUCUGAUGAGAACAAGUACCUGGGUUUGUUUUAUACCACUUCUAGUUUUGGGGCUUUCAAGUGUUUCUUUUAAUUGACCAAACUGACAGAAAAAGAAAAAUUAAGCUUGUGGUUUUAGCCAGGCAGAGCUGGGCAAUAGCAGAAGGAACUUGAGGACGUUUGCGAUAUUUGCUCUGUUUAAGGUUCUGUCUUAAGAUACCUUUUUUCAGUUUUCAUUGGAAUAAAUAAUAAAUAUGCAUUUAUUUUGCGGUAAAAAAAAAUAAAAGCUAAUUUCAUACUAACAGCUUUAUGUUUCAAAACUUCCAAAUUGUUUUGGUUUUGAGUCACAGUUUAAAUGUGUUUGGUAGAAUGUUCUCAAACAUAAUCUCUCUCCCUGAAGACCAAAUGCCAAAUAUUGAAAUCUGUAGUCAUGUUUCAGGAAGUCAUGGUGAAAUGAAAAUUUGGACUUUACACUGAGACUUCAUCUGUCAACACUUGGUGUGGUAAACAUGGAAAAUAAACUUGUGGCUGUUCGAAUUUAGUGUUAGCCCAAUAAACCUCCUUUAAAUACCUAACCUUCAACGUGA